AAUUUUUCAACACAUUUCAUCCCUUAACGUGGACAUGUUUUUAUUUGCGAACAGACAGCAACCAGUUUAAUUAUACUUUCAUAAAGUUUCACUUAACUUGGAUGGAUGAUACUUUUCAUACUAUAGAUUCGGUUAAUCCUGAAUUUCUAUGUUCAGAAGUGUGCAUAAAAACACUCGAAGAUACAUCUUCUGAUGAGGAAAAUACACCAAAAGAUGAGGAAGGGUCAGAAUUCAGGGGUGCUUUUGAUAUCUGUCAACCUGUUCUUAGACUAGUCGAUGAAGAAAACCUACUCGUUCUCCCUCCCGAAGAUCAAGAAGAGAAAAGUGAUGUUGUAAAGCCAUCAACCGUGUUAAAUAAACCGGAAACUCCACAUAAAUCAUCAGAAACAGCUGAAGGUCAAGUUUGCAGGAAAAAAAGGAAAAAGAAACAUCUCAUUGUCAACCUUUCAAAUUGUAAAUAUGAAUCAGUACGCAGGGUUCUAAAACGAUUUGGCUUCCGAGAAACCGAAGAUGACGAAGACUGGUGUCUCUAUUGGACCGAUUAUUCAGUUACUAUUGAUAAGGUUUUGGUUAUGAAACAGUGGCAGAAAAUAAAUCAUUUUCCAGGAAUGUCUGAAAUUUGUCGGAAAGAUAGUUUAGCACGUAAUCUAAAUAGAAUGAUCAAAUUAUUUCCUAAAGACUAUAAUAUAUUUCCAAAAACUUGGUGCCUUCCAUCAGAUUGGAAUGAUAUUCAAAAUUAUGCUAAGAAGCAUAAAAGUAAAACAUUUAUUAUAAAACCAGAUAAUGGAUGUCAAGGUCGUGGUAUUUACAUCACUAAAAAUGCUAAAGAUAUUCGACCAGUGGAAAAUAUGAUUUGCCAAGUGUACAUAUCUAAGCCUUUUCUUAUCGAUGGAUAUAAAUUCGACUUGCGAAUUUAUGUUCUACUUACUUCAUGUGACCCACUACGUUUAUUUGUAUUUAAAGAUGGCCUAGUACGUUUUACUACAUGUUCAUAUAUUGAACCAAAUCAACGUAAUAUACAUGACAUGUAUAUGCAUUUAACAAAUUAUGCUGUACAAAAACAUAGCGAAGGCUAUAUCAGAGAUAAUGAAGAAGGAGGAACAAAACGCCGAAUUACAACGCUUAAUCGUUGGUUUAAAGAUAAUGGCUAUGAUGUGAAGAAGAUUUGGGAAGACAUAGAUGAUGUGAUCAUUAAAACAUUAUUAUCUGGUUAUGCUAUAAUUAGACAUAAUUAUCGAACUUGCUUUCCAAAUCAUAUUCAAACAUCAGCAUGUUUUGAAAUUCUUGGCUUUGACGUAAUAUUCAACCACAGAUUAAAGCCAUAUGUUCUUGAAGUAAAUCAUUCACCAAGUUUUACUACAGACAGUAAAUUAGAUAAAGAAAUUAAAGAAGCUAUGCUAUGGGAUACUGUACAACUUGCACAUUUCAAUGCAGUUAAUAAAAAGAAAUGUUGUGAUGAAGAAAGGAAACGCAUUCGAAAUCGUUUAUUACAUAAAAAUAUUGAUAAAGAUCAUAAAUGUUCACUCGAACGUGAUAUUGAAAAAUAUCAAGCACUAAGUGAAAAAUAUGAGAAUAGCCAUAUGGGUAAUUUUCGUCUGAUUUAUCCAUCAAGCGAUCUGCAAAAAUAUUCACAAUUUCUCAAUCCGACCGCAACAUUUUAUCAGGAAACAGUUACUUACAAAGUAAGAAGUGAAUGUGCAAGACAACUUAGAGAAGAAAUAAGACUUAAACAAGAAAAAUUAGAUUUAAUUGCAAACAAACAUAAGCAAAGUCAAUCUGAAAGUCCAGCUCCCAAAAGAUUAAGAAUCAAAAUAAACACUGGAUUAUUAUCUCAGCAAUUAAUAAAGUCAGUUAACAAUGAUGAAAUGAUCAAUAAUUCUAAUCAAUUAAUACCCAUAAAUAAAAUGGAUUUUAAUGUUAAUUACAAACAAAAUAAUCAGGAGGAACAAAGAAAACCUGAUAAAUGUUUAGAAGUCUCUACAGAAGGAAAACAAGAAAAGGAUUGUAAUGAUAACCACUCUGACAAUCAGGCAUUAAUUAAGUCUACGUUAAGCAAUGUCAAACUUUGUGUAAAUACUAAAUUGCCACAACCUAUACUUGAUAAUGAAGAAGAUGAACGUAGAAAUGAAUUAAAAAAACGAGAGGAUCAAAUGCAUAAAAUAGGUUUAAUUUCAAUGCUUUAUGAAUUAUUUGCACAUUCACAUUCUUUAAAAUACAAGGACAAAAAAGAAUUUAACGAAUUAUAUUUGGAUAAUAAUACUAAUACAGAACAAAACUGUACAGUACAUCGACAAGUACAACAUCAAACAGAUAAAAAGGAAAGAGAAUUGAAUGUUCUAAAACCAACAGCUUCAUGGAAAAAUCAUACACAGUUAUCAGGAAGACAAAAGUACUGGAUUAAGAAUCAAGAACAUGGAAAUUCUACCAAAGUAAAUUUUAGCUCAGUUUCUUAGUGCAUACGAUUUUAUUUAUGUUAAGUUUUAAAAAGAAAUUUGAUUCGUUGUAUUGUUUAUUUAAUGGUUAUUUCUAAAUUUUACCCUGCAUCUCUUGGAAUUCAACGUUAUUAAAUCAGGUGUUUUAAUUAUUAUUGUAGUCGUGUACCUCUAUUGCUGGGUUUCUGGACUGGAAAGGAUCUAACAGUUUUGUAUUACAAUAUUCCUUGCAAUUUAUACUCCAAAAGAAUAAGAUGAUCAUCAAGUCAGGAGGUUUGUGAAGAGAAUCUAAUUUAAAGUUAGUUAUCAUCACAGACAUACUUCAGACAGAGAGACAUAAUAAACUAAAGAACAAAAUACAAUUGUAUAAUCCCAGUAGUGGAAUUCACCUUCAGUCAAAUAAGUUAAUAGUUAAACAAAAGCUUAUAAAUUACGCCGAAUUAUAAUAGUGCUAAAAUCAGACGUUAACUGAACUUAAAAAUUAUGGACUCCUGGACUCUUGUUCGGUAGCACUCUCCGAGAAACUCAAUCCACUUUCGUUGUUUAGAGUUCCGAUAAGCAAAAAGCUGGGAAUAAACUAGCUCUCAAGUAGUUCCUAGUCAACAGUGGUUCUCCAGUUAACUUCAUCUUCUUAUGACAAUAAACCGCAGAAUCAAAUGUUAUUCAUGAAACACUUACACUAAAACUCAACAGAAGUUGUAAAAUAAUUUAUUUCAAUAUAUUAACGGUGGUAAACAUGUAAGUUACAAUGAGAGACCAUGUCUAUUAUUUAAGUGGUAUCCGACACAAACCCGCAGUACUGAAUGAUGCAGUAUUUUUAUCACUAUGAAAACAAAACCAGUGACGUUAGUUUUAUACUCAAUAUAUUUAAAUCGGAGACCUACAUUUUUGCGAUAAAAAUUCUCCAACAGAACUUCAUAGAAAUGUCCUAUAACAUUAUGCUACUUAUAUGUAGAGUACCCUGAAAAACUAUUUUAAUUAUUGGUCUUGUAAAUUGUUUUGCAGGAAAAACCAGAUAUCAUACUUGAUACAAAAAUAACUCCUGUAGUAAGGGAUAAUCCAGUUGAGAAAAACAAACCGUCGCUUGUUCCAGUAGAGAAUCAAUGUUAUAAUAAUUAUUUUGUACGACUGAAUGGAAGUCGUAUUAAUUCAGCUCAACCAACCAUAAAUAAUCCUACUUUUGGUGCGUUUCCAUCUCAUCAAUUUCAUAAGAUACAUCAGCAAAAAUCCCAACAAUCUUACCGUGUACAUUCCGGUAAUCUUUGUAACGGAGGAAUACAUUCAAACCCUUCAAUUAUAAAUCCGACCAAUGGUCAGAUAAUUCAAAAUUUACCAACAAAUCUUGAUACUCAAUCAUUUUAUCAAGAUUGUAACGAUACAAAUUUUACUAGCGUGAAAAGUCAUCAAUCAGUAAAAAAUUCGUCGUUUGAAAGCAUAUGUAAUCCGAUUCACACAUCAUUACGAAUAAGUGAAAAUUGUAGUUUUCUACCUUCAAGAAGUAUUCAAUCUAAUUCAGCAGUAAAAUCAAAAUACAUCUUCACAGACUUGACUAGUAAUAACAAUAGUAAUAAUAUUACCACAAGUAAUUCCCAGAAUAUUUCAAGACAGCAUAGUCAUAAUUCCUCUAGUAAAAAAGUACCUAAUGACUCUGAAAGUAAGUUUUGCCUUUAUAAUCCAAAUAUAUUAUUCAGGCUAAAUAUGGUGAUUGGAGACAAUUGAGUAUAUUAAUCUCAAUAGUCGCUUAAUAUUCUCAGUUGAUUGAAAGUUGGGUAUGUAGAUCACUUUACCCCAACUAAGAGGUAAAUAUAAAUAUUUUUGCUGCCGAACCCCUGAAUGUUUGGUUCGGUUUUGUAUGCGGUGGUGAAAGGGAUUUCCUGAGGAGACCAAAAUUAAGGUGAAAAAGCUAGCCCCAACUUCCUGGUUUUUACAAUGGUUUUUUAGCUGAUAUUAGUCUCUGAGGAAAACUGACGUCAAACAGAUCUCAAAAUCUCUAUAAUUAUAAUAUUCAUCAAUAAAUUAAGCUUUCCCAUUGCAAAUCAUUCACAAAUAUAUGGAUGUUAAAAUUACUACUUGAGAUGUAAAUCAACUUGAAGGAAGUUAAUGCACACAAAAUUUCCUGACCAGUAGGAUUUUUUUAAGAACCCACAUCAAAAUCACAUUGACAAAAGAAAAACAAGUCAUUCGAUAACUAUAUUUGACAAAACGUUAAUACUAUAUACCAGCAAAUUGCAACAGCCAAUUAUUAUGGAUUUAUUACAAAAAAAAUAAAACGAGUAAAGCAUAUAAUAAUAAAUAUGUUUUUGUUAGAUACCAAUGAGUAGAAAAAUUGUAUUUCUGACGUUUUGUGACUUAAUGUAAGCCACUUCCGCAGAGUAAAUAAAUAAUCGACAUUAAAUUAACAAGUUCAAAUAGUACUAUUUACUUAGAUUUAAAAAGCACAGAUAUGACACUAGAUUAUAUAUGCUUGUUGUUAAUAAGUACAUAGAUCUACUAUUUAUUUUAACGGAUUUCAACGAUUAUUCAUUUAGAUUAACUACAGAUGAAAAAUAUAAUUGUUGAUUCACAUAUUUACAUUGUAACAGGUGUUAAAACAGCGGAAAAAUAUAAAACCCCACUACCUACACUGGUCAAUCCUCGCGUGAACACAUCCCAUAACAGCCAUAAUCCGCAGUUAAUAAUCAAUGGUUUAAUGCCAGUUGUCACGUCGGCAAAAUUAAAUCGAGUUGCUAAGAGAAGUUCAAACCAAGAAUAUUACCGAACAGUUUUAAACGAAUAAUGUGUAUUUACAUAGAAAAAUUUAGGAUAAUUGCUCAAAUAUUGAAAGUUUAUGCUGUAAUUAGAUUCAUUUAACGAUAAAUCAGUAUAAAUGUAAAUAAGAAUAGUUUCCAAUUCAUUAAAAUAAGCAACAAAAAAUAAAUUUCUGCAAUCACAAUACACAAAAAUGGUCAAGACAAAUCAGUAAACAAAUGUGUCUCUUAUUUCUGUCAAUACGUUCUUCCCUGUGAAUAUUUUCUUUGUAAUCAAAAUGAUUUCAAAUUACUUUCAGUUAAAUCAAAUUCAGUUUCAGCUUGAUGGAUUUUAUUUAAACAAUCAAACAAUAUUGUUAAACCUUUUUACACAUGCUAGUGUUGGCCACACUACUUUUGUUUGUCAUACAAUAUAAACUUAAAAAUGUAAUUUCAAACGCAGGAAUUGAUUUUCUUUGUUCAUUCGAAUCACUACCAACUUACUAAAUGACUUUCACAAUUGCAAUUUAUUCUUUGGUGAAUAAGGCUGGGUGCUUGAAAAAAAGAUUCAUACUGUGCUCAGGAAUCAAAUCUCUAUACACGGUCGAUACUUAGUAGUUAAAUUACUGAAGACAGUAAAUCAAUUUUGAUUUUUUAUCAAAUUGUUGACUUAGUUUAUUUGUAAUCUCAGACGUAAAUACCUAUUUUAAACUAAUCUAUAUACCAUUCAUACAGAAUUA